CUUCAUAGUUCAUACCAAGCACUAUAUUACAUGUUAUUUUCUUCCGAUUGUGUGAGAAGUCAUUUCUACUUUGUCAAAUUGGCAAGUGAAUGAAACUACAAGUAGAUUCUGAACAACAUAUUUACACUAUUAGGAGGGAUAUUUUGGUGGUUCAAUGAUUUAUAUUUAUAUAUGAAUGCUAGUUAUAGGCUGGGAUUCUAAGAAGGAAACUAAGAUCCGCAUCGGUUUCAUGGUGUCUGGUUCAUUGAGAAGGAUUUUAAUGUUCUAAAAGAAGCAGACAAGGAACCACUUGACAACUUGUUUGAAAUUAUGCAAUAAGUCUCUAAUCCGUCUAUCAAAGCUAGAAGAAUAAAAGAAAAUGAGAAGUACAAGAGCAACAAUGAGCAUGGACGAAGUGAAUUAUAAGAAAGAGAAUCAGAGAGAGAACUUGAAAGAACUACAUGAAGAAACCGAGGGUUCAAGGACAAUAGAACCAUGGACAAAGCAAAUCACAGUCAGGGGAAUCAUCGUAAGCAUUCUGAUCGGAACCAUUUACAGUGUGAUAGCCAUGAAGCUAAACCUCACAGUUGGUUUGGUUCCCCAUUUUAAUGUCUCGGCUGCUCUUCUUGCCUUUAUUUUUAUCCGGACAUGGACAAAGGCUGUUCAAAAGGCUGGAUUUAUGUCCAAACCUUUUACAAGACAAGAGAACACCAUGAUACAAACAUGUGCAGUUGCAUGUUACAGCAUCGCUGUUGGAGGUGGAUUUGCUUCUUAUCUUUUAGGGUUAAACAGGAAAACGUAUGAAUUGUCUGGAGUAGACACUGAAGGGAACGCUGCAUCCACUGUGAAAGAACCAGGAUUUGGUUGGAUGACUGGCUUCCUUUUUGUAGUUUGCUUUGUUGGUCUUUUUGUCUUAAUUCCUCUCAGAAAGGUCAUGAUAGUAGACCUCAAGUUGACUUAUCCAAGUGGCUUAGCAACUGCAGUUCUCAUCAAUGGUUUUCAUAGCCAAGGCGAUGAGUCGGCCAAGAAACAGGUGCAUGGAUUCGUGAAGUAUUUUUCAGCUAGUUUCCUGUGGGGGUUUUUCCAAUGGUUUUUCUCUGGGAAAGAAGGAUGUGGUUUCAAACAGUUUCCUACUUUCGGAUUGCAAGCCUGGAAGCAAACAUUCUUCUUUGAUUUUAGCCUGACCUUUGUCGGGACAGGAAUGAUCUGUUCCCACCUCGUGAACUUGUCUUUGCUUUUUGGAGCCGUGCUCUCUUAUGGACUAAUGUGGCCACUCAUUAAUCGGCUUAAAGGGGAUUGGUUUUCUGAGGAUUUACAAGAAAUCAGUAUGAAAAGUUUAUAUGGCUACAAGGUUUUUGUAUCUGUUGCUCUCAUUCUCGGUGAUGGCCUCUACAAUUUCCUCAAGAUAUUCUGUUUCACGCUUAUUAACAUCCAUGGCAGGUUGAAGAACAAAAACCGAAAUACAGCUGAUGAGGAUGACCUGAAGAAGACAGCUGAGGAUCUAAAACAAAACGAAGUUUUCCUUAGAGAAACCAUUCCCAUGUGGAUAGGCAUUAUCGGAUAUGUAGUAUUAUCUAUCAUGUCAAUUAUUGUGAUCCCCAUCAUGUUUCCUCAGCUCAAAUGGUACUAUGUGGUUGUAGCUUACAUUCUAGCUCCAUCUCUGGCAUUCUGCAAUGCAUACGGGGCUGGUCUCACUGACAUGAACAUGGCCUAUAACUAUGGGAAAGUCGCACUAUUUCUGCUAGCGGCAUUGUCGGGGAAGGAAAACGGCGUGGUCGCAGGGCUUGCCGGAUGUGGUCUCAUCAAAUCUGUUGUUUCUGUUGCUUGCAUUCUAAUGCAAGAUUUCAAGACAGCGCAUUAUACUCUCACCUCUCCAAGAGCAAUGUUCUUGAGCCAGGCAAUUGGGACGGCUAUUGGCUGCGUUACAGCGCCUCUUAGUUUCUUUCUUUUCUACAAGGCAUUUGAUGUUGGAAAUCCAAAUGGAGAGUUCAAAGCUCCGUAUGCCUUGAUAUACAGAAACAUGGCAAUUCUCGCUGUACAAGGCUUUUCGGCCCUGCCUCAGCACUGCUUGCAACUCUGUUAUGGCUUCUUUGCUUUUGCAGUGGCAGUGAAUUUGGUGAGAGAUUUCUCACCGCAUAAGAUAGGGAAAUGGAUGCCACUUCCAAUGGCCAUGGCGGUGCCAUUUCUAGUUGGGGCCUAUUUUGCGAUUGACAUGUGCUUGGGGACUUUGGUGGUGUUUGUUUGGCACAAGCUGAAAACAAAGAAGGCUGACAUGAUGGUUCCAGCCGUUGCUUCUGGACUAAUAUGCGGAGAAGGGCUAUGGGUUCUCCCUGCUUCAAUUCUUGCCUUGGCCAAAAUAAAUCCUCCCAUUUGCAUGAAAUUUCUGCGGUCUUAGACUUAAGCUUUGCUUAGUAAAAAAAGGAAAAGAAACGAAGAUAAAAAAAUUUGUUAAAUAUUUAAAAUUUAUAAUCAAUUUGAUAGUUUGUAACUUAACUAUUUUGAUUAAAUAAAGUCUUUCAUCCUUAUAAUUUUCCAUCUUUCUUAACAUGCAAAGCUAGUUUGAGCAGAGAAAUCAUGAUAAAAUGUUCAAGAAAAAAGAACAAAAAGUUUAAACGCAGAUCCGAGAACAAAACGCUAGCAGCAAUUGUGUCCGAGUGGUCGAUGACUAGAUUUUUUUUUUUUUUUUGAAAAUAAAAACUUCAAUCUUUGGGAAGAUAGCAUAAUAAAUGCUGCAAGUCUACAUUACUUUGGCACUUUCAUGAAAGGAUAAAAACCAGAGUACUUUCUUUACAAAAAUUAAAAAAAAAAAAAAAAAAAAAA